AUUCGGGGUCAAUAUGAAGCGUCUAUACCUUAUCAUCGGCAGCGGUUGUGAGUGCGGACAAGGGCUACUCAUAUUUCUGGUAGAUGACGCCUUUAACAUUCACAACAAGCUGAUCCUAUUGACCCGUCAUGAAACUUGCAGUUCGCAGUUGUCUAGACGAGUUAUUCAAACCGAACCACUUCCGACAUGUUCACUGCAAGAAGAAAGCAUGUUCGUCAAUACGUUUAAAUCCAGCAGCUACUGGUUCCCCCAAGAUUCAGUUUACCCUUUCAGAUUGACUAGCCCUUUGUCGAUAGACAAAGCGGUAAUGGUCAUGGAAGCAGAAAGACCCGUCGACGCCAAAUCAAGCACACAAGACUUACCUGAAACCGAGGAGGUUCGUGAGGUUGGUACUCAAGUAGAACCAUCAAAUGACUCGCUCGAAAAAGCCGGAGAAACGUACUGCGAAAAUUCAUGUGACUCGGAAUUGGAGAGCAUUUUCGAAACUGUCACCGCUUCAGCCGUUGUACAAUGUGGUGAGAGUAUGUUAUCAAGGAGCAUCUAUAACAGUACAGCUGCAGAACAAGACACAGUUAGCGAAGUGGAUAGGUCAUCUGGACAACCAUUAUACGCUAAUACAGAGCAAUUGGCCAAUGCAGCUUUCUGUAGUAGUGAUCCCUCAGAAACUGCCACGCAAAGAAAUGGAAGAACAAAAAAUAGAAACGUGGUUAGUGGACCAAAAAAAGCACUGGAACAUCAACUACAAAUUUCGUGUUCAGAGGAUGAUCGUAAAGAAAUGGAAAUGUGGAGAACCCGUUAUCCUUUUGAGCCCAUUGAAGAAACAGAGGAACUGCUGUCAAAAAGUGAUUCAACCUCCACUUUGAAAGAAAAUGAAGAUACGACGCAUCUCGUGACAUCAUCGACUCCAGGUGAUGAAGCUACGUUAGAAGAUGAAUUGUUCCACUUCAAAGGUCCAAGUAUAGAAACAGAUGUUCAACCUGACUGCAAAAAGGACAAUCUAAAUGUUUUAAAUGUUCGAGCAAAAAGUAGGCGUCCGCGAAGUUUUCUAAGCCGAUCAGCCACAUGGGAUGGGUGGAUGCUAGAAGAGGCAGCGGCCAAAAUGCUCUGCAAAAGGAAACAAGAUGUUGCGGUGCAAACGGACUCUGAUGAUGAGACUGCUGGAAAUGGUUCUGAUAUCGUUAUUCGAACGGUGUUAUAACUCAUGAAUGGGGUUUCAUUUUCAUCCAUUGUCAUCACCUUAACGUAACUGUGACAAUUCCUGGUGAGAACUCGUUACCAUAUCACUGUUUAGUAACCCUUAUUUUGAGGUCACAGACGAAUUCUAAACA